ACAAGCAUUACCUUAGUGCAGUGAUGUUCGCCCUGUGCUGGGUGUUGUUACAAUGUUGUGGGUAGUGCUUGAAUGACAGUAAAAUGACGUCAUCUAACCAACGAGAGAGCCAGAGGCUCUUUGACUACUUUUCUAUCAUUGGAUUAAGUCCUGAUGGAGGACUGGAACCUGACCGUUUGCAAGGAGGGGCGGUGGUGGUGCCGCCGCUGGAGAGGAGCUACAAGGCGCGGGUGUUAGGUCACUACCCCGACCAGACCCCCACCGCUAUGCCCUUCGACCACCACGCUGUCCAGAUGCUGUGUCUACCACGGGGUUUACAGUUCCGCACUCAGAAGCAUGUUUUGGAACCCAAGUUCCAUCCAUUUCUCGUUACCAAGGGAGAUGGCUCUCGUGCACACGGCUUUGCAUAUGUCUUCUAUGAAGAAGUUAACUCAAAGCAGAUUUGUACUGCUAUGCACACACUCCAGUCUGUAUACCUGACGGAGAUGUCCAGUAGUCAUGCUAAGGCCUCAUCUGGAGCAACACCAAAUAGCCGGGACACCAGAUCCCUUCCUCGCCAGUUCCGCCUCUCGGCACCCAAAUCACCAGCAGCUCUUCACUUCUAUGAUAUAACUAAAGAUCAACUAUAUGUGGCCAAAUGUAUUGCCCUAGUUGGUCAACACCCAUAUGUUUAUGCUGCGAGAAAAUUUCUCAAAGGGUUGUAUAGGUUCUUCAUACAGUGUGAAAGUAGUGGUGUAAGCCUAGAGUCACAUGUCUACAACUUAUUGUAUGAGGUACCAGCACCACCCCCUGGUCGCUGUGUGGCGUUCUCCUGUGUAGGAAAGACACACAUUUGUCACCGUCCCACAAGUCAUGAACUCCCUCUAUAUGAGUAUUCAUUACGUGAGUUCUUCUCAUGCCUCGGAGUGGAAUAUGUUGUUCAGCUACUUACAUGUGUGCUACUGGAAAACCAGGUUAUAUUGGUCUCUUGUGAUUACAACAAACUCAUGCUGGUUGCAGAGAGUAUAGGCACUGUCAUAUUUCCAUUCGUGUGGCAACAUGUGUAUGUGCCAAUAUUACCUGCAUCUCUUCACCACUUCCUUGAUGCCCCUGUGCCUUUCAUUAUGGGUCUUCAGUGCUCUCAAGACUCCAGAGAUACCAUACAAAUCCCAAAUGAAGCCAAUCUGUGUCUGGUAGAUGUUGACGAAGGCACAGUAGAGGUCCCUGAAGAUCUUCCUCAGUUUCCCCACCGUUCAGACUUCAUUCAGGAGUUAACACAGUUGCUUUUGAAGUGGGAGGUUCCAACUGGUAAACUGGAUAGAAAUCUAAAUGAGCACCAUAGUCAGUACAAAUACAGGAGGAGACGAAAGUACUCAUGGUCCCAUGACUCGGAUUCAGGUGUGUCAAGUACAGAAGGCUCCAUUAGUGGCUCCCAUUCCUCCAUCACUUCCCUUCCACCCUCCACAAUGUCCUCCAUUUCCCCUUUACAAGGUCCUCCAAAUUCCACAAGAAGUCAGCAUUUUGACCCCUUUCCUCAAUCCCCACACCUCAAGGAGAUCACUGCAAUUGUCAAGAAAGCUGGUGUGUAUGACUCUGAUGAAGUUGACAGAAUCAAAAGAGAGAGAGACAGUGAGAUGAUGGAAGAGCUCAAGUUCAAUAAUGCUGUUCGGGAGGUUUUCCUUAAUAGAUUUGUCCACAUGUUCUGUGCUUAUGACCAUUUUGUCAUCCAGCCUAAUUGUCAGGAAACUGACAUGGAACAGUGGUUGAGUUGUCGAGAGUCAGUGCAGAACUUUGACAAAGCAACGUUUCUCUCUGAUCAACCAGAAGUCCAUCUACCAUUCCUCUCACGUUUUAUUGAGUCACAGAUGUUUGCCACACUUGUUGAUCAUAAAAUCCUAUCCAACUGGGGCAAACAUGACCCUAACCUCCGCAUAUUUGAUGUACGCAUUAGGUUACUCAGGGACAGAUAUGAUGAUAGUUUAGUGCGCACACCAUCAUAUGAGACAUGCACAACCGUUAGAGAAACCGAGCAAAUCUUGGAGAAGCGUCUGUCUCACAUAGAUUACCGAGCACCAGCCCCACAACCCAUGGACCCUCAGGCAGAGUCCUGUACUCAGUUCAACCCAGGUCAUUUCCCUCUAUUGGACAGAAUAGCACUUAAUAAGGAACCUCACAAAAGCAAAAAGCGGAGUUGUCACGCUUGGCGGAGACGAGAGAGACAAGAAAGACAUUUAGAACACACUGGACUCUCAGGUGACCAGCGUGACCGAGUGAUGCAUGAAGCCAAGUCCAAACUACAACCAAAGCUGGCAGAUAUGUCACCUGCACAUAUGGCCCAAACUAAUUGGAAAUUUGUUGAACAACUCUUAAAGGAAUGCAAAACUCGUACCAAACGAAUGUUGGUUGAGAAGAUGGGGUCAGAGGCAGUAGAGCUUGGUCAUGGAGAGGGUAGUUUGGUGGGUGUGGAGGAGAACACACUUAUCGCCUCAUUGUGUGACCUUCUUGAACGUGUUUGGGCGCAUGGACUUCAAAGCAAACAGGGUAAAUCGGCCCUGUGGUCUCACUUGCUCAACUUCCAGGAGUUAGAGGAGUGUAAUGACUCUUCCAAACCUGUGAACCCCAACUUCCUCUCACCAGUUCCUCAAAAUACCACACCAAAGAUUAGCAGUUUGUCACCAUUGUCGGAGAUUGUCUUAUCCCUUAAAACGGGUAACAUUAGUGGUCUUGGGUUUCUGGCUUCCCAGUUAGCAAAUAAUUUUGACCUCUCAACAAUGGCUCUGGAGACUGAAAGUGCACCAGCUUCACCAACAAAGUCUCCAAGCAAUACAAAUAGUCUGCGAAAAAAAUCUCUACAAGAACGGUGGCCCAGUGACCGUAGCAUUGACCGCCGAUCACGUCCAUCUGACCCUGGUGUUCCUACCUUACGUCCACUCCCUAUAUCAGUUACUUUUGAUAUGCGUAAUGUGCUGGCAAUGACAGAAAUCAAGACACAAAUUGGGUAUGCACGGGCCUGGGUGAGACUCUCCUUGGAGAAGAAGGUUCUAUCUAAACAUCUGACGACUCUCUUGGGCGAUUCUGAGUUACUAAGAAGUUUAUACAAGCGCUAUGCCUUCCUCCGGUGUGAUGAUGAGAAGGAACAGUUCUUGUCCUAUUUGCUCUCUCUGAAUGCUGUUGACUACUUCUGUUUCACAAACACUUAUGCAUCCACAAUUGUGCCAUAUCGAGUGGUAGUAUUUCCUUCACGUAAGUUGAGUGGAGCGAGCACCUCGGCUAAUGCCUGGGUCAGCCUUGGCGGUACUCUUGGUCAAACUUCUAACAUUCCUGUUCCAAGAAGCCAGGUCGAACUCGUCUUUCAGCACAAAAAUCUGGGCUUAUUGACAACAUUAAGGAUUGGCCAUGACAAUACAGGCAUGUCUCCAAAAUGGAUGGUGGAACACGUGCUGGUCAGGAAUGAAGUCACCGGACACACCUGGAAGUUCCCUUGUGGACGUUGGCUCGGUCGUGGAAUCGAUGACGGGUCUUUAGAACGAAUUCUUGUCGGAGAGUUGGUUCCGUCCCAUAUUACUUCAGACGAUUUGGUAGAAUCAUGUCGAACACCUCCACGAUGCAGAUCCCCAAAUGUUCCUGGCCCAAGACGUGCAGAUCUGAGACUUACAGUUCCUGAUAUACAACAACACCUUGGUGACUCUGUCAAUAGUUUGGUGAAGUACUUCUACAAGCCAGAGAAGGAACGGGGGAGCCUAACACUCCUGCUGUGUGGAGACUUUGGCCUCGUCUGUUGCCUUGAACAAGUUUUCUCUUAUGGCUUUAAAUCCACACGUUUUUUUGGCAAGAACCUAUAUCUCUGGGACUAUUUUGAAAGAGUACAACAACAUUUUGAAGUGGUCUUGCGCGAAGAAAUGGAAAGAGAACAAUUGACUGGUAUUGCAAGAGAUAGUCGGGAUCAUGGAUUAGCAAGCAUGGCCGAGUUUGUGUCUCUGGUGUCUCGUAUCAAUGCUUCCUCCACACAUCUUGGCAAAGAUGACAAAUUCCAGUUAUUUGUUUGUCUUGCAGCCAGAGCACACCUCUUACCACGCAUCUUGUUACCCCUUCAACGCUCUCCAGUUACAAGUCAUAUGUAUGAUGACUCUUCCUUUCUCAGAGACCCACAGCUAGUCCGAGAUCUCAUUAAUGUUUUGUCUGCUCUUAAUGAUUUUGAGAUUACACUUGAGAGCUCUCUGACUCGUGGGAUAGAUUAGAAAUUUAUGAUAGGACACUCCAAAGAAAUUUUGUGCCAUUGUAAUAUAGGCUUUCCAGAUUAUGGGGUCUUGCUGAUGUAGGGAAUACAUGUGGCCUAUUGUUUACAUCAGUGUUCUUAUAAGGGAAUAAUUUUAUAUUUGACACAUGCACAAAAUGUUGUUCCGAGGUUGCAUACGGGAGAAAUCCAUUUUAGAGAAUUUUUAACAGUACGUAUACAUAAAAGAGAGGAUGGUUUCAUAUACUUUUAACAGCUUUAUGUGUAAUGUGUAUACUUAAAGUAGCUCUGCUGUGUGUGAAAAAAAAAAUUCACUGAAAACACCAAAUAAUGACCAUAUCAAUGUCCACUCCUUUUUUAUGGUUGAUUUUAACUAUAAUUUCAUGGUUACAAUUAUGUAUACCUUUUACAAUUCCUGCAUAUUCUUUUUUGCCAUAAUAAAUGCAGUAUCCCUUCAAUUUUCAUUAAUGGGAAAUGGCAGGUGGCACUUAUUUUUUUGUUUUCUGUACUGUCAGAGCAGUUCAUUACAUUAUAUUUCCUCAAUAUGAAGAGCUCUCAAAGUUGCAGGUACAAAAUACUCAUUCAUCCUUGCUAUUACGUUUAUUAAUGUUAUUUUAUAAUGCUUGCACAAUUUUUGAGCAAAGUGUUUUAAUACUCAACCAAAUACAGGUAUUUGAAUAAUACUUGUGAUACUGUAUAUAUUUAUGGAAAUAAAUGAGUUUAUAUUUUCUUCAGCAUUUAUUACUGAUAUAAAAUUUUAAUUGAACAUUUAAUAAUUUAUUAGAUUGUAGUUUGAGUAUUGGUCACUAGUUUUUAAAAUUGUAAAUUAGUAUACGAGUAUUUGCUCUUGAUAAAAAAUACAGUAAAUCCCCGAUAAAAUGGACUAAUGGGGAGUCAGGCCUGUCCGUUAAAGCUAAAAGUCCGUUAUAUCCACAUUUGGAAUAAUAAUGGACUCGGUCUGUUAUAUAUCAACAUAGUCCAAAGUGACUAUGUGAGUCACUUUUCACUACUAACACCCCACCACCAACAACACACUCCACCAACACUCCCCACCACCACUCACCACCAACA